AUGGAAGCCACAGGUGCCGUGCGGGUCGGCAUGGGCAACCUGUGGCGGCCCUGUCCGGCUGGAGUCCAGUCGCCCGCCUCUGCACAGGGCUCCCUUGGCUCCCUGGGUGGCUCCCUGAGCGCCACAGCGCGCAUGCCUUUCGGCUUGCCGCCGCAGGCGCCCUCGAUGUCCUGGGAGACAGGUGUGAGCCCUCGUUUUUCGGCCUUCCCACACGUGAGGGAGCGCAGCGCUUCACCCACACCGCAGGUGGUCGCAUGGGCGGCGCCUUUGCAGUGGGUUCAGCCCAUCCCUUUGGUGCAGCCCAGUCGGAUGCUGAGCGAGCCCGUGUCGUCCCCACGAGCACCUCUUCUCCGACCACAGGUACGAUACUCACCCGCGACGUCAUCCCAGGCGAGCCGCAGCCAUGAGCCGCGGCAGCAGGCGGCGAAGCGCCUGGCUGGGGCGCUGAAGCUCUUGGCGCUGCGGCAGACGGCCUGUGGCUUUGCACGGUGGCGAAGUGCGCAGGAGUUGACACUCCAGCGGGGCGCUGCGCUGCUGGCGCGCCUGGAUUGCUACGACCGUUUGGUCCACCGCCGCGGCCGUGUGGGCAACAUCCUGUCCACAGCUCUGGCCGCAGAGGCGCGCAAAGCAGCCCGGGACAGCAGGUGCCUGGCGCUGCUGCUCGGGCUGCGGCACUUGCAGGGCAUGGCCCUGAGACGAAGGGACAAGGACUUGUCCUUCGCUUUUCAGCGCCUGCGGACUGCCCCGCCUCUGGCUCGCGCCCGCCUUGCCUCCGUAGCUUCGGUGCGCAGCGAGUGGUACGAUGCUGGGGUGCUGGAGGACUCGGAGGCCAGCUCCCAGCGGUCCACCCUGCAGGCGCAGCCGAUGUUUGGGUCGGCAGCUACGCCCACCGGAGGUGGAGCUUGCAUGGUGGAGAGUUUCACUGUUACACCCACGCCAAGCUUUCCCGGCCGAGCCACCAUUGGAGAGGAGGUGCUGAAGCCUGAGGAGCUGACCGUGUCCUGGUCGGAGCUUGCUCUGAACAACGGGCUGGUCUCCACGCAGGCGCCCUCGCAACGAUCUUCCAGCUCCAUGCCAACGGCCCUGGGGCGUUGA